GAUUGGCUGCGCCUCAGCGAGCGUCCGCUGGUGAUUGUUUCCGGUGUCCGUCAGAGCGCACGGCGGCCUGGAGACCAUCGGCCAUGACCUACAUCCCGAGUUGGGAGGAGUUCGUCCGGGCGGCCGAGAAGCUCUGUCUGACCGAGGGCAUGAAGGUGCGAGUGGUCAUCAAGUACCGACACUGCGCUGGCCUUCUGUCUAUGAAGGUGACUGAUGACGUGGUGUGCCUCCAGUACAAGACAGACCAAGCUCAAGAUGUCAAGAAGUUUGAGAAGUUCCAGAACCAGUUGAUGCGUGUGAUGGUUUCACGGGAAUGCCGUAGCAGUCUGAUGGAGAUGGAGUAAAGCCGGGGAUUUGCUGCUGGACCCUUGAUCAGAGGGAACAGCAAAGAGUUUUCUUGUGUGAUGCAUCUUGGAGAGAGGAGGUUGGGGCAUGUGGACUGCUGGAUGGAGGUGGUUUGAGGGUUGUGGGCGGGUAGAGUUGGAGAUGCACCUUCCAUGGGAGGAGAUUCUGUUUCCUGGGACAGGGAAUGUCCUCUCUGGUUGUUGUUGGGACAGCAGUGUCUCAGCAGACUGGCCUGAGGCAGCUAUGACCUCCCCCACUGCACAGUUGCAUCGUGUUUGUAGUCACCAUCACUCCUCCUUGAAUAAUCUGCAGGUUCUGUUACUGUGGGGAAGCUGCCAUUUCGUACAGAGCUCAGACAGUUUACUGAAAUAAAUUAUCUUUGGUUGA